GCUGGGAGCGGCUGCCGGGACCGGUUUGGCCGGACCCGAGGAGGUGUUUGGGCUGAGCCGCCGCCGCCGCGCUCGGCUUCCUCCUCUCCUCGGCGCCGGCAGGGCUCGGCCUGGCAAAGCUCAGCCUGGCAAAGCUCAGCCCAGCAUCUCCCGGGGCUCCCAGACCCUCGGCGCUGAUAAUGCCAUGGAGGGGGGGGCUCAGCAGAGCAGCCUCUGGGAGCCCCCCGAGCAGGAUGGGGGUCCUGCUGAGCAGGAUGGGGGCGAGGGGCCGCCCGAGGUCCGGCGCUCCCAGCCCCUCUUCAUCCACGGCAGCAGCCGGCAGCCGCCACAGGAGGAGCCGCGGGCGUCGUCGCUGCCCAGCAUCCCCAACCCCUUCCCCGAGCUCUGCAGCCCCUCCAAUUCCCCCAUCCUGAGCAGCCCGGCCCUGGGACAGGGACCCCCCCGCGAGGGCACCUCCCACGUGGUGAAGGUGUUCGGUGAGGACGGCGCCUGCCGCUCUCUGGAGGCCUCGGCGGCCACCACGGCGCGGCAGCUCUGCGAGAGCCUGGUGCGCAGGACACGGGCACUGCAGGACCACAGCUGGGCCCUGGUGGAGCUGCACCAGCACCUGGCACUGGAGCGCUGCCUGGAGGACCACGAGUCCGUGGUGGAGGUGCAGAGCUCCUGGGCCCCGGGUGCCGACAGCCGCUUCGUGUUCCGCAAGAACUUCGCCAAGUACGAGCUCUUCAAGAGCAACGCGCAGCUGCUGUUCCCCGAGGUGAUGGUGUCCAGCUGCCUGGAGGCCAACAAGAGCAUGGCACACUCCGAGCUCAUCCAGAAUUUCCUCAACUCUGGGAGCUGCCCUGAGGUCCAGGGUUUCCUGCACCUGCGGGAGGCCGGGCGCAAGGUCUGGAAGCGUUUCCACUUCUCCCUGCGCCGCUCGGGGCUCUACUACUCCACCAAGGGCACCUCCAAGGACCCCCGGCACCUCCAGUACUUCGCUGACCUCACCGAGUCCAACAUCUACUACGUGACGCAGGGCAAGAAGCUCUACGGGACGCCCACUGAGUUCGGCUUCUGCAUCAAGCCCCACAAGGUGCGGAGCGGAGUGAAGGGUCUGAAGCUGCUCUGCAGCGAAGAUGAGCAGAGCCGCAGCUGCUGGAUGGCCGCGUUCCGGCUCUUCAAGUACGGGAUGCAGCUCUACCGUAACUACCAGCAAGCACAGGCACGACUGAGCCAACCCCCCUGGAUCGGCCCCACGCCCCUGCGAAGCGUCUCAGACAAUGCACUGGUGGCCAUGGACUUCUCAGGGUGCACGGGCCGGGUGAUUGAGAACCCCAGUGAGGUGCUGAGUGCGGCCCUGGAGGAAGCCCAGGCCUGGAGGAAGAAGACGACGCACCGGUACAGCCUGCCCGCAGCCUGCCACAGCUCCCCGCUCAGCGCCGCCAUCCACCGCACCCAGCCCUGGUUCCACGGGCGAAUCUCCCGGGAGGACACCCAGCAGCUCAUCGGCCGGCAGGGCUUGGUGGACGGGGUCUUCCUGGUGCGGGAGAGCCAGCGGAACCCCAAGGGCUUCGUGCUGUCCCUGUGCCACCUGCAGCGCAUCAAACACUACCUCAUCCUGCCGAGCGAGGAGGAGGGGCGGCUCUACUUCACCAUGGACGACGGGCAGACGCGCUUCGCCGACCUCAUCCAGCUGGUGGAGUUCCACCAGAUCAACCGCGGCAUCCUGCCCUGCAAGCUGCGGCACUACUGCACCUGCGUGGCCCUCUGAGCCUCUGGGGGGGCUUGGCACAGCCUGGCACCACCAGCAUGGCGGGGUUUGGCUCGGUCUGGCCCUGCCAGCGUGGUUUGGCACAGUCUGGCACUGCUGGCUCAGUCUCACUGCUGAUGUAGCAUGGCUUGAUACAGCCCAGCACAGAACAGCCUGGCACCACUGGGAUUGUUUGGCACAGACUGGCCCUGCUGAUAUGGCACGGCUUGGCACAGCCCAGCACCACCAGCACAGUUUGGCACAGCUGGGCACCACUGACAUGGCACAGCUCAGCACAGCCUGGCACUGCUGGCACAGCUUGGCACCAGUGGGAUGGUUUGACAAAGUCCAGCACCACCAGCAUGGCACAGUUUGGCACAGUCUGGCACAGUUGGUUGGUUUGGCACAGCCUGGCACCGCCAGCAUGGCACAGCUCAGCACAGCCCAGCACCACCAGGAUGAUUUGGCACAGGCUGACACUGCCAGCGUGGCACAGCCCACUGCCAGGACCCCCACACUCAAGCACUUUCUCCCCUCUGCCCUGCAGCACCAGCCCCGAGUGUCCCUGCAGGGGCCUGGCACUCCUUGCCCCCACACCAGGGGGGUUUUGGGGUCCCCAGGAGCGGGGUCCCGGGGUGUGGGGGUGCGGGGGGCACCCAUCACCGUGUCCCCCACGUCUCCACGAGGCCAGUUGAACUGGGACGUGUUUUAUACCAGUGAAAAUAAAGGUUAUUUUUGCAGA